AUGUCAUAUGUUACUGAGAAGCUUCCCAGCGUGUUGAAUGAUGCAGUGCUAAAGCAUUCUGAACCUGUCCCUGAGGACUUUGUCAAAGUUAAGGGUAUCGAUUAUUCCAACCCGAACGCCAUGGAUAUGAGAGCAAGUGAUUUGAUAAAUGCUAUGAAAACUAUGGGGUUUCAGGCUUCUUCUGUAGGUAAAGCAUGUGAUAUCAUCACGGAGAUGAGAGCAUGGAAGGGUAAACACGUAGAUGAGCUAGAAGAACACGAACGUCAAGGCACCAUCGAUGAUGAUGGUUAUCAAAGAACUACUAUAUUUAUGGGUUAUACUUCAAACUUAAUAUCUUCAGGUUUGCGUGACACUUUAAGGUAUUUAGUUCAACAUAAGAUGGUCAAUGCUGUGGUUGCUACGGCCGGCGGCAUUGAAGAAGAUCUCAUAAAAUGCUUGGCUCCAACAUACGUAGGGGACUUUUCUCUUAAGGGUUCAAUGUUACGUGAGAAAGGGAUGAAUCGUAUUGGCAAUUUGUUGGUGCCAAAUGACAACUAUUGUAAAUUUGAAGAGUGGAUUGUGCCUAUCUUGGAUACCCUAUUACAGGAACAGGAAGCAUAUAUUGCAGAAAAGGGCCAACAGUGUCUUGACGCUAAUACAGAUAUUACAAGCCCCAUCUGGACCCCAUCAAAACUAUGUGAUCGUUUCGGUAAAGAGAUUAAUGAUGAAUCCAGUGUAUUAUAUUGGGCUCACAAAAACAAAAUCCCCGUCUUCUGUCCCGCUCUUACUGAUGGUUCGAUUGGUGAUAUGCUUUUCUUCCACACAUUCAAAUCCUCUCCACAACAGCUCAGGUUGGACAUCGUUGCUGAUAUUCGCCGGAUCAACACCAUGGCUAUGCAGGCCUCAAAGGCUGGUAUGAUUAUUCUAGGUGGUGGUUUAAUUAAACACCAUAUUGCCAAUGCAUGUUUGAUGAGAAAUGGUGCAGAAUACGCAGUCUACAUCAAUACUGGUCAAGAGUUCGAUGGUUCGGACGCUGGUGCAAAUCCAGACGAAGCCGUUUCCUGGGGUAAGAUCAAAGCAGAAGCAAAAUCUGUUAAGGUUUGUGCAGAUGCUACAGUUGUCUUUCCUUUACUUGUUGCCGCGACCUUUGCGAAGGGUCAGGAAACUCAAAAUGACAGCAUGAUAUGCGAAUGA